GCUAAUAAUUUAAGUUAAAAAAGAAUCGUCGUUGCAUUACGCUGUCCAUGACCGGCCCCCCCGCGCGAACCAAUGUCUGCUUCAAAACCACCAAAACCGCUAAAUAUAACCACCGCCGCCCUCCACCUCGCCGCCCUCUCCUCCCUCUCCCUGCCGCCACAGCCCCAACCCACUUUUCCCCUUGUCCCUCCCCCUGCCUUUAUCCCCCACUCGAAACUCAUUCCAAAAACCCGCUUCAUCGUCGACGGCUUCAAACACGCCGACCCCAAUUUCUCCGUCUCUUACUUCCUCUCUCACUUCCACUCCGACCAUUACACGGGUCUCUCUCCGCAAUGGUCCAACGGCAUCAUUUAUUGCUCUUCCAUCACUGCUAAUCUCCUCCACCAAAUCCUCAAAAUUCCUCAACCCUUCAUUUUCCCCUUACCUCUCUCCCAACCCGUGAUAAUUGAUGGCGCCGAAGUUUGGCUCGUCGACGCGAAUCACUGCCCUGGGGCAGUUCAGUUCUUGUUCAAGGUCCCAGGGAGCUGUGAUAGGGGUGCAGGUAGUAGUGGUGUUGUUACAUUUGAGAAGUAUGUCCAUACUGGUGAUUUUAGGUAUUGUGAUGAAAUGAAGAACGAGAGUGCAGUUUCUGAGUUUAUUGGUGCUGAUGCUGUGUUUUUGGAUACAACUUAUUGUAAUCCUAAGUUUGUGUUUCCGAGUCAGGAGGAGUCCAUUGAUUAUAUUGUUGGGGUGAUUGAGAGGAUAGGGGUUGAGAAUGAGGGUGUAGUCGCAAAGAAUGUUCUGUUUUUGGUGGCUACAUAUGUCAUUGGAAAGGAGCGGAUUUUGGUGGAGAUAUCUCGGCGGUGUAAGAGGAAGAUUCAUGUGAGUGCCAGGAAGAUGGCGGUUCUGAGUGCCUUGGGUUUCGGGGAAAGUGGGGUUUUUACAGAGGAUGAGUUGGAGAGUGAUGUUCAUGUUGUUGGUUGGAAUGUGUUGGGCGAGACUUGGCCAUACUUUCGGCCUAACUUUGUGAAGAUGAAGGAGAUUAUGAGUGAGAGAGGUUAUUCUAAGGUUGUUGGUUUUGUUCCAACUGGCUGGACAUAUGAAGUCAAGCAGAAUAAGUUUUCUGUGAGGAGCAAGGAUUCUUUCGAGAUUCAUCUUGUUCCUUAUAGUGAACAUUCAAACUACGAUGAGCUCAGAGAGUUUGUGAAAUUUUUGAAGCCAAAACGUGUUAUCCCGACAGUUGGUGCUGACGUAGAGAAAGUUGAUAGCAAACAAGCCAUUUCAAUGAGGAAGCAUUUUGCUGGGUUGGUUAAUGAAAUGGCCAUCAAGCAAGAAUUCUUGAUGGGUUUUCUUCGUGGUGGGAGCGGGCUGGUGGAUGUAGAGAAGGAUUGUCCUAUUGUACUUCACAAUAUUCCAGAUCAAGAGGAUGAGGUCAUUGCCUCUACUCCAAAUUGUUGCAGUGAUGUUGAAUUGGAGGGUGACAUAAAGUCUUCAUUUCCUCAACAGGUAUCUGCUUCAAGUAAUUUAGAAGAUAUGAAAGAUAAUGACUUGGAGAAAUCUGUAAAGGAACUUCAAGACUGCUUGCCCAGUUGGGUCACGCUAUGCCAGAUGUUGGAUUUACUUGGUGCAGCUGGUGGAAAUGUUGUUGAAGCUGUUUCAAAUUUUUAUGAACAUGAAACUGAGUUUCAUGAACAGGUUCUCCCCAGUACAUCUGCCUCCUUUACUUCCCUGGGAAACUCAGAAAACCAGCCUCCUUUACCUUUUGAAUCUCAAAAUGUCAAGGGCAUAAAUCGCUCUGAAGAUAUCUCUUUCAGCCAAAAUUUCAAAUUAUCUAGUUCUGUGAAUAUAAAGAAGAGUGGAGUUUCUCCUGGGAAAAGGAAGAGAAACCUUGACAGCAAGACAAAAAAGAGAGCAAGAGCAGAUUCAACUGGGAAUUCCAGUGAUUUGAAGCAAUAUCGGAUAACUAAGUUUUUUAACAAGAAAAUGCCUGUUGUCCCUGAAGAUAGUAAAGUUGAAGUUGAAUCUUGUAACUUUAAUGAUGGUCAAAGUAGGUUGCCAGUUGAUGCCACAAAAUUAUACAAAGAAGAGGUGAAUCAAUUUAUUCAAAUUGUCAGUGGUGGUGAAUCAUUAAGAAGCUAUGCUACCACCAUUCUUGAGAAGACCAAAGGAGACAUUAAUAUGGCUCUGGAUAUAUAUUAUAAUGACAAUAUUGGUACCACCAUUGAUGUUAAUGAUAGUAAUAGAUUGAUGGAAUCUGAAUGUCCCAGCAGAGUCAGCUCUGUGGAUGAUGACGCUCUAGUAUCUGAGAGCAGCAAACUUGAAACCAAGUCUGAUAUUUUUCCCCCAGCUUUACCAAAGGAUAACGUGUCUGUAAAUUAUAUAUCGUUGCCUCCUGAAAGAUACUCUCCUACAGAGCAUGCUUGCUGGAGGAAAGGACAGCCAGCUCCAUACAUUCAUAUAGCACGAACUUUUGAUUUAGUGGAAGAAGAAAAGGGCAAGCUAAAAGCUACAUCAAUGCUAUGCAACAUGUUUAGGAGUUUAUUGGUCCUAUCACCAGAAGAUGUGCUACCCACUGUGUAUUUGUGCACAAAUAAAAUUGCUCCUGAGCAUGAAAAUUUGGAACUAAAUAUUGGUGGUAGCAUUGUUGUUGCAGCUCUGGAAGAAGCUUGUGGGACCAGCAGAGCUAAAAUAAGCAAUCUUUAUAAUAGCCUUGGUGAUCUUGGUGAUGUUGCUCAGCUUUGCCGCCAAACCCAGACACUGCUUGCUCCUCCAUCAGCCCUUACAAUUCAAGGAGUGUUUUCUGUUCUCCGCAAGAUAAGUGUACAAACAGGUAGUGGCAGUACAACCAGGAAGAAAAGCCUCAUUGUGAAUCUCAUGUGUUCAUGUAGAGAGAAGGAGAUGAAAUUUCUUGUCAGAACUUUGGUUAGGAACUUAAGGAUUGGAGCUAUGAUGAGAACCAUUCUUCCUGCUUUAGCUCAGGCCAUUGUGAUGAACUCGGCUGAUGAAGGAGUAGCUGAAAACUUGAAGGAUCAUAUUCAGCAUCUUUCAAGUGCAGUAGUUGAAUCAUAUAACAUACUUCCAAACUUGGAUUUACUUAUCCCAUCCUUGAUGGAGAAAGGGAUUGAAUUUUCAUCAUCAACCCUAUCAAUGGUUCCUGGCAUACCAAUCAAGCCCAUGCUUGCCAAGAUUACUAAUGGAGCACCUCAGGUGCUGAAGAAUUUCCAAUAUAUGGCGUUUACGUGUGAAUUUAAAUAUGAUGGCCAACGUGCUCAAAUUCACAGAUUAGCAGAUGGUUCUGUACGUGUCUUCUCAAGGAAUGGUGAUGAAACCACAUUGAGAUUCCCUGAUUUAGUUGACAUAGUCAAGGAUUGUUGUCUUCAUGCAACAGAUACUUUUAUUUUGGACGCAGAGGUGGUAGCAAUUGAUAGGAGGAACAGUAAGCUUAUGUCAUUUCAAGAGCUUUCUUCCCGGGAGAGAGGGAGUAAGGAUUCGCUGAUUGCUUUAGACAAAAUAAAGGUUGACAUAUGCAUUUUUGUGUUUGACAUCAUGUUUGCAAAUGGAGAGCAGUUCUUGGAUCUACCCCUCCGUCAGCGGCGACAAUAUUUGAAGGAUUUACUUGGUGAAGAAAAACCGGGUUACUUCGAGUAUGCUAGAGAAAUGACGGUGGAAUCCGAAGAUGCUGAUGUAAAAAAUGAAGCUACAUUGAAUAGGAUGAACAGUUUUCUUAAUGAUGCCAUUCGUUCCUCAUGUGAAGGCAUCAUGGUUAAAUCGCUUGAUGUUAAUGCUGGAUAUACUCCAUCAAAGCGUUCUGAUGCCUGGUUGAAGGUCAAAAGAGAUUAUGUUGAAGGACUAAGUGAUUCCUUGGACUUGGUUCCAAUUGGAGCUUGGCAUGGAAAUGGAAGAAAAGCAGGAUGGUUUAGUCCUUUUCUGAUGGCCUGCUACAACCCUGAUACUGAAGAUUUCCAGAGUGUCUGUCGUGUAAUGUCUGGAAUUUCAGAUGCUUUUUACACAGAGAUGAAAGAGUUCUUCUCCGGGGACAGAGUUCUUUCUAAAAGACCACCAUACUAUAAGACAUCCGAGAUGCCUGACAUGUGGUUUUCUCCAGAGUUUGUCUGGGAGAUAAGGGGCGCGGACUUCACAGUAUCACCAGUUCAUCAUGCUGCCAUUGGUUUAAUCCAUCCAUCUCGCGGUAUUUCAGUUAGAUUUCCUAGGUUUAUCCGAUCUCUAUCAGAUAGAAAGCCAGAAGAAUGUAGCACGGCUGCAGAUAUAGCCGACAUGUUCAGUUUGCAGACAAGAAAAAUGGAUGUAAACACCAAAAGAUGAAUACAGAUACAGUUUUGUAUAUGGUGCAGUUUUCUUUGUACAAAUCUUUUGCGCAACUUCACUGGACAGUGUCAUUUUGCCACUUUAUCUUUGUAAAAAGAUAUUGUACAGUUAAAUGGGCAAAGAAAUGCAAUAUUU